GCCCAGAUACGCAAGAUAUAUUUUCUAUUACAUAUAAAUUUUACGCCUUGUUUCCAAAUCGGAAAUAUAUAUUUUUCUUUAAGAUGAUGAACAUUUCGCAGUGAUACUUUUCGAUAGAAGAUGGAUUCACACGCUAUAAACAUCUUGAUUGGCUGCCUUGUUGGUGUUUUUGUAAUAGCUUUGAUAAUUAUAAUAAUUGUGGCAGAAUUUUGUCUACGACGACGGAAAAUUAGAAAAGCGAGAGCCAACAACAGAAUGGAUGUUAAUGGCAGUACAAAUAUUAAAGGAUAUCUUAAAGCACAGAAAGUUAUUCCUGCUAAAAAGCAAAGAAAGUACAGACUGUUUCGUUACCUGAAUUCCCUGAAAGCGAAUCCAGCAAAGCGUACUCGUUUUGUUGAAGAGCAAACAGUUUCUACAACAUUACAAAGUAGACAACUCAGCCAAAAUAGUCUGGAUUAUCUUGCCUCAAAACCAGUUCAUACCAAACAGAAUGGUAUAUCCUCAGUACGGUACUAUGAAGUAGGAGAUGGUAAACCAUUAGCGGUCGAAUACUACACUGUUAAUCCAUUGAAUGCUGAAAAACUUCUCUAUCAACCGGAAGGUCCACUUGUACAGCCAAGUGAUGAGCGAGAUAACAUAGAACAGACUAUAGCAUACCCAACAAGUGAAAUAGAUGCUAGUUCUGAAGAUUCAUCUUAUCAAGUGGAUAUGUCUACACAAACACGAGAUAUUCCUUCUAAUGUUUCUAAUGAAUAUUCAAUAACAGCCGUAGUUGAGAAUAAUCCUGUAACGAUUAUUGAACAUGUUCAAAAUAGAGUUAUCAGUUCAAGUUCAUGUACACAAACUUUCCAAGCGGAAACUCAGGCUACUCAGACUUUUCAAUCUGAAUCUCAAUUCACACAAACUGUUCCCAUAGAAGUUCAGUCUACUCAAACAAUACAAGAAGAACCACAACCUGAAAAGAAACCAGAAUCAACAGUGACAACAACAAACACUCAAACACAAUAUUCAGUUUCAUAUCCAUCAGAUUCAGACCGUAUAAAAGCAUCAGAUAAUUAUCAUCACGAAAACCAAUAUGAACAAUGGAUGGAUUACUAUCACGGCCCACAUCAGGAAUAUCCUUACAUGGAACCUUAUCCGGCUGAUAUGAUGCCUUUUAUGUACCCAACAGACGAAGCAUAUCCAUAUUAUUACGACCCGGAUGAGUAUUCAAUAGCGUCUUCGGAAUCGGAAAAACCUGUGAAGAAACGUAGAGAAAAAGUAGAAAAAACAAAAAUUAUUGAAAAGUAUAUCGUUAUACAGCAACCUCCUUCCGUACAAACUAUAGUGCGAGAAGAUAAUACUCAAAAGGUUGAAACGAAUGUGACAAAAUCCUCCGCUGUUGAUGUAUACAAAUCUAACAAGUACAAAGAUUAUUUCGGACAGUUUUCAAAUAAUGAGAUUUCUCUCUCACGGAUGAAUGCAAAGAAUCAAUCAAAAGCCAAUGGCGGACCUCGAUCAUCAGCCCAAAAUGGGCAAAACAAAUCAAAAUCUAGCGGUAUGAAACAUGGGAAAGCUCUUAUUUCAGAAAAGGACUUGCAUAGGAUAUGGAAUACAAGACACCAAACUCGUCAACAUGGAUCUAAUGGGUCUAUUAAGUUAGAAGUACCACCUGACUUCUUAAAACAAGUACGAUAUGACACUAAUGUGCAAGAAAUUCCACCAGCCGAUUACGAUACAAAUGAAUCAAAUAACUACUCUGGUGAAAACGAGACUGGUGUUCUUCAGAGAUAUCUAAAAGAUGUAAGUGACCACUCGGAACAAACAAACGUUAAGAUUGGAGGACUGUUAAAUCAAUCAUCGCAGAGCCAGCCGAACAGCGGAAGCACCCGGUUUUCUGGGAUUAUUUCUCAUAUGGGUUCUUACAGACCAGAUGCUGAUACUAUGAUGCACAGAAACCAGAGACUUCAGCCACAAGUUGUAGAUAUUUUACCUAAUGAUGUACCUAUGAGACCAGACGAACUUCAUCGUUCUACAAUGUAUCCUAGCUAGUUUUCAUGUACAUGUAUUAGAAUUUUUACAUUAAAGUCAUAUA